ACGCAUUGUGACAGAGACAUUGCCUUUGGUUUUCUUUCUCUGGGUUCUCUUUUGGCUUUUGUUUCUUAUCCAUUAUUAGUGGAAAUAUGGAAAGUUUGGACUUAAACGAGUUGCCAGAAGCCUGCAUUUCCACAAUUCUCUCCCUCACUUCUCCGCUGGAUGCAUGCUCUUCUUCCAUGGUGUCCACAGUGUUCCGAUCGGCAGCUGACUCGGACCUUGUCUGGGACGCAUUCCUUCCAUCCGAUUAUCUCGAAAUCGUCUCUAGAUCAGUCGCCCCGUUGAGGUUUUCUUCCAAGAAAGAGAUCUAUUCCCUUCUCUGUCAUCCCAUUGUCAUAGAUGGUGGUAACAAGAUUUUGGCAUUGGACAAAGCUUCUGGUAGAAAAACCUACAUGCUGUCUGCAAGAGAGCUUUCCAUCGCAUGGGGAAAUGAACCAAUGUAUUGGUGCUGGAGAUCCAUCCCUGAAUCAAGGUUUGCCGAGGUGGCGGAGCUGAGAACAGUAUGGUGGCUGGAAAUUCAUGGCAAGAUCCAAAAAAAAAUGCUAUCGCCCAACACAACUUAUGGAGCAUAUCUUAUAAUGAAAAUCUUGGACCGGUCAUAUGGGCUCGACUCCAUGCCCUCGGAGGCGUGCAUUGAAGUGGGAAAUAGCAUUGUGUCCACCAGCACGGUGUAUCUGCGUCGUGCCGAUGGCCAAAAGCAGCAGUUAGAGAGCAUGGUUUACGGGAAUCGCACCAAGAUGUUACGGUCGAGGGCAGCGGAAGGGGAGGAACGGCCCCACGCGGUGGAGGCAGUGCGGGAAAGAGAGGAUGGGUGGAUGGAGGUGGAGUUGGGAGAGCUCUUGAGUGGGGAAGAUGGUGAUGAUGAUGAUGAGGAAGUGACGAUGAGUUUGAUGGAGGUGAAGGGUCAUUACUUGAAAGGAGGACUCAUUGUUGAAGGCAUUGAAGUGAGGCCUAAACAUGUACACUAGUUGAUGUUUGAUGGAGUUUCAUGUUGCUGCACAUUCUAAGAUUUGUUCAUUCUUUAGUUGAUUUUUUUUUUUCAUGUAAAGAUCUUCACUCCUUUGUUCUUUAUUUUUGACAUAUAUGAAUUUUACCAAUCAUUAAUAAUAAAAAUACCAGUCAUUUUAAUAUGGU